UUUGUUUUCUUUUUGUUUAUCAUUUAACUAGAACCCCGAGGUGAAUCAAGCUUGGAAACAGGUCAGUGGUAAUUACAUCAGAGAAGGAUACGGCCAGACAGAAACGGUAAACAUGAUAGGCUCAUUCCGAUGCAACCAGGUCAAGCCGGGGUCCUGUGGCAUGGCAGCGCCUGGCCACGACAUGGCCAUCGUCGAUGAGGAUGGUAAUGAGCUUCCGAGAGGGAAGGAGGGCAUCAUCGGCGUCAAGGUGAAACCAGUCAGACCAUUGGGACUCUUCACCCAGUAUGUGGAUGAUCCAGAGAGGACGCAGUCUGUGUUUAGAGGCGAUUACUACCUGACGGGAGAUAAGGCCGUACAGGAUGAAGACGGUUACUUCUGGGUGAUAGGUCGUAAUGAUGAUGUCAUAACAUCAGCGGGAUAUCGCAUUGGUCCAUUUGAAGUAGAGAGUGCUUUGAUUGAGCACCCUGCAGUGGCUGAGGUAGCCGCAGUCAGUUCACCAGACCCCACAAGGGGAGAGAUUGUGAAGGCAUUUAUAGUCUUAGCCGAGGAAUGCAAGACCAGAGAUCAAUCUCAGCUGGUCACCGAGCUACAAGAACAUACCAAACGACUCACAGCGCCAUACAAAUACCCAAGGAAGAUUGAGUUUGUUGACUCACUCCCUAAGACGGGCAGCGGGAAGAUCCGUAGGGUAGAACUGAGACGGAAAGAAUGGAGCCAACAACCCAAGAAAUGACCCCUUGACCAUUGACGGGUAAGAUCGAUCAUUGACCGGCUAGGACUACAAAAACAUUUUACUAUUUUGAACAUUGCCACUGAAUCAAAAUGAUGAUAAUACUUAGUGCAGUUUGAACAAGGAAAAUUGGCAAUGAGAUGUCGCAUUCCUGGUACAAACGUGGGGGAAAUAUUCCAAUUGGAUAUAUUUUUAUAGACUAGGUCUUCAAUUUUAUGACAAUUUUUGCUGAUGAUUUCCAUGAGAAUAAUAUUAUGUGAUUGUAUACUGUAACCAGGUGCUAUUAAAGUUACUAUUUUUGUAUUUUUUAAAGUUUUGUUUAUGUGAUAUGAAUGAAUAUUGAAUUGAUAACAUUUUUUAGUGUCUUUGUAACA